UGGCAAUAUUAAAAGCCGUUUAGCUGCUCUGGCAGAAGCAGAAUUUAGAGAAGGUCUAAAAGAGCUUUGAAAGAUCUCCAGAGUUACCAACAUGGUUGUGUGGACCGAUGCUGAGCGCGCUGCCAUCACCGGUGUCUUCAAGAAACUCGACUAUGAUUUCGUGGGUCUGAAUGCUCUGGGAAGGUGUCUCAUCGUGUACCCCUGGACCCGGAGGUAUUUUGCCACCUUUGGAAACCUGUUCAACGCAGAUUCCAUCAUGGGAAACGCAAAAGUCGCUGCUCAUGGAAAGGUGGUUCUAACCGGACUGGAGACGGCCAUGAAGAACAUGGACAACAUCAAGAACAGUUUUGCCCCUUUGAGUGCACUGCACUCGGAGAAACUGCACGUGGAUCCCGACAACUUCGGGCUGCUGGCCGACUGCAUCACCAUUGUGGUGGCUGCGCAGAUGGGCUCUGCCUUCACCGCUGAUGUCCAGGCUGCCUGGCAAAAGUUCCUGGCUGUUGUUGUCUCUGCUCUUGGCAGACAGUAUCAUUAAUAUUUCUCUUUUUGUUGUGAGAAUAAACUGAUCAAUGAUUCAAUAAAAGUAAGU